AUGGUGUACGACGAUGCCAACAAGAAAUGGAUACCAGCAGGCGGCUCUACGGGAUUUAGCAGAGUCCAUAUUUAUCACCAUACAGGAAACAAUACGUUUCGGGUGGUGGGCAGGAAGAUCCAAGACCACCAGGUGGUGAUCAACUGUGCCAUUCCUAAGGGGCUGAAGUACAACCAGGCGACUCAGACCUUCCACCAGUGGCGGGAUGCACGACAAGUUUACGGGCUCAAUUUCGGGAGCAAAGAAGAUGCCAAUGUUUUUGCAAGUGCCAUGAUGCAUGCCCUGGAGGUGUUGAACUCCCAGGAAUCUGGUGAGUGUGAAACUCUACUUCUGUUCUCAUGGUCGGCCAAAUACAAAGUAGGAGUUGGUCCUACGUUGUCUCGUCAGAAUUCCCACAUACCGCUGCAAGUGCAGAAUGGCCCCUCGCAGGAAGAGCUGGAGAUACAGAGACGGCAGCUGCAGGAGCAGCAGCGGCAGAAGGAGCUUGAACGUGAGCGUCAGGAACGUGAACGUAUGGAACGAGAGCGCCUGGACCGCGAGAGGCUGGAGAGGGAAAGGCUGGAGCGAGAGCGGCUUGACAGGGAGCGGCUGGAGAGGGAGCGCCAGGAGCAGCUGGAGCGAGAGCUGCAAGAACAAGAGAGGCUGGAGCAAGAGAGGCAAGAGAGAGAGCUGCAGGAACAGCUGGAGAAGGAGCAGCUGCAAUGGGAACGUGAGAGGAGGGUUUCCAAUGCUGAAUCAUCUUUUGACAACUCGUAUAACACCGCACAUCUUGAUUACUCUAGCUCUCAGUCUCAUUCCGCUUCCCCCAUCUCUUAUGCUAAAGCCAUCUCUGUCCCAGUGUCAUCUAUAUGCACAGACUCCAUCGCUGACUAUGUCAUUGUCACUUCUCAGUCCAUCAGCUCUACACCACCCACCCCUCCCCUGCGCCAUUCUGCCUCACGAUUUGCCACAUCGCUGGGCUCUGCCUUCCAUCCUGUCCUUCCACAUUAUGCCACUGUUCCUAGGCCUAUAAAUAAAGUUUCACGGCCGCCAUCCCCUGUGAACCAAGCACCUCCUCCACCACCCCCGCCUCCUCCCCCAGUGAAGCCCAUAACGUGGUCUGCUUCUAACUUUGCUCCACUUCCUCCAUCUCCGCCAGUUAUGAUCAGCAGUCCGCCUGGCAAGGCCACAGGCCCUAGGGCUGUACAUCUAGUAUCUGCAGCUCAGUUGGCGCUCCUGUCCUCCACACCGAAUGGGCACGCGGAUGCUCCUUCCUAUGACGCGUCAUGUACUCCUGCCCCUCCACCACCACCACCCCCACCACCUCCAUCAUUUGCUCCAUUCUCACUGUCCUCAUCUCAAGCUGUCACUUGUUCUCCGAGCGCUUCUGUUGUCUCAGCAUGCCAGCCAAGUGUUCUCCCUUCUCCCUCUGCAGCUUCCCCCGCCUCUGUCGAGAACUCUUUACUCUCUGUGCUGGGAGACACCUGUGCUUCUCAGCCAGAUUUGACCACCUCCUCUCAACCGACUGACCCUGCGGCCCAUCCGGGGUGUUGUACCAGGACCGCCAGCGCCUCCACCCCCACCCCCCCUUUGCCAACUGGUUCGAAUUUGUCUCAAGUGGGCAUGCCCCCGCCUCCCCCAGCCCCACCACUUCCGCCUUCAGCUCCUGCCCCACCUCCUCCCCCUGGUCUCCCUCCUCCACCCGGUCCUCUACCCCCUGCACCUAUGUCAACUCCUCCUCCACCAGCUCCCCCACCACCUCCUGCACCUCCACUUCCUUUUUCCACGGCUUCCAUGACCUCAGAAGACAACCGUCCGCUAUCUGGUCUUGCUGCUGCUUUAGCUGGAGCCAAGCUUCGAAAAGUGUCUCGGACUGAAGAUGCCUCCGGUCAGGCGAGUGCAAGUUCGGCUGGAACCAGCUCGGGACCCUCUAAGGCUGAAUCGAGUCGUGGAAAUGGCCCUCUGCCGAUGGGUGGCGGUGGACUAAUGGAGGAAAUGAGUGCACUACUAGCCAGGAGGAGACGGAUUGCAGAGAAAGUACCAGCAGACUCUGACUCGAAAGAAGACAAAACGGUAAGCGUGAGACUACAUCUGCAUAAUACGUGA